GUCCCUUCAGUCCUCAGAUUAAACGCUGUGACCAGAAAAGCAAUGACUGACAGGGCAGAGCAGGAGAGAAGAACUGACAUGACAUGAACCUGGAUGCCUUGAGAGGGAAGGCUUGUGAAGUACAAGAGAUCUUCAGCAGGACUGAAGUCAAACUAUCUUACAGACAGAGGAAAGAGAGACCAGGGGUACAAUAGGAGAUCUAAAAGGACAGACAUCCUUAGGCUGAAGAACAGAAGAACCAAAAAGAAGAAUAGAAAAGGGAGCGUAGACCUCUUGACCCCAGCAACUUGCAUCACCAUGGACAAAGAAACUGGCUUUAACCAUACAAACGGCUCCUCACAGCAUCAGGACACCGAGCUGUUCUCGUCUGAAGAAGAUAGCAGUCUCUACUUCACCUACAGUGGAGGGUGCAAUGAGCUGGAGGUCAACGACCUGCACUAUGAGGUAGACACAGCAGCACAGAUCCCCUGGUAUGAGAGGUUGUCAGAGUUCAAGUUGCCAUGGGAGAUAAAAGGAAACAAGCAGACAGCCAUCAACAAGCUCAGCCUACGUGUUCGCAGCGGGCAGAUGCUGGCUGUCAUUGGCAGCUCAGGUUGUGGUAAAACAUCUCUGCUGGACAUAAUAACAUGCCGUGAUGAGGGUGGCACAAUGACGUCGGGUCAGGUUCUGAUCAAUGGGAAACCCAACACACCCCAACUGGUGAAGAAGAGCAUUGCUCAUGUCCGCCAAGACGACCGCCUUCUCCCUCAUCUCACCGUCCGGGAAACUCUCGCUUUUGUUGCAAAACUGAGGCUCCCAACACACUACACACAAUCUCAGAGGGACCAGAGGGUAGAUGAUGUCAUCGCAGAGCUGCGUCUGCGACAGUGUGCUAACACCAGGGUGGGAAACGACUAUGUGAGGGGAGUUUCUGGAGGAGAGAGGAGGAGAGUCAGUAUAGCUGUCCAACUUCUCUGGAACCCAGGGAUUUUAAUCCUGGACGAGCCGACUUCAGUGGACAGCUUCACCGCCCACAACCUAGUGAUCACACUGUCCCGCCUGGCCCGAGGAAACCGCCUGGUUUUGCUGUCAGUCCAUCAGCCUCGCUCAGAUAUCUUUCAGCUCUUCGACCUCGUCGUUCUGUUGUCGUCUGGUUCAGCUGUUUACUGUGGCCCUGCGCGGGACAUGGUACCUUACUUCACUGCACUGGGAUACCCCUGCUCACGAUACUGCAACCCUUCUGACUUCUAUGUUGAUCUGAUCAGUAUAGACCGGCGCAGUCCGGAGCGAGAAGCAGAGUGUUUGGACCGGGCCAAUGUUCUGGCUCUGCAGUUCAUGGAAAAGGUUCAAGACACAGAAGAUCACAUGUGGAAACCAGCUGGACCGAACACAGCAGAGACACAACCUGAAAGCCCUCAGCAGCUGAGCAAGGCAAAAGAAGAAGUAAUCACUAUUUCAGAGAACGCAAACAGACUGCCUGGUCGUAUAAACCAAUUCACGAUCCUCAUCAGGCGUCACAUGUACAAUGACUACAGAGACCUGGUCACCUUAUUGGUUCACGGCUUCGAGGCCCUCCUCAUGUCACUGCUGGUCGGUUGUCUGUACUAUGGAGCAGGAGAUGAUCGUCUGUCCAUUCAGGACACAGUGGCUCUCCUCUAUAUGAUCGGAGCUCUCACCCCAUUCGCUGUGGUGCUGGACGUCAUAGCUAAAUGUCACACAGAGAGAGCGAUGCUGUACCACGAGCUGGAGGACGGCAUGUACUCAGUCACUUCUUACUUCUUUGCCAAGGUCCUGGGGGAGUUACCAGAGCACUGUGUGUUCACCUUGGUGUACGGCCUGCCCAUCUAUUGGCUGGCCGGGCUCAACGAGGCUCCAGAGCGUUUCCUGCUAAACUUCCUCCUGGUGUGGCUGAUGGUUUACUGCAGCCGCUCCAUGGCGCUGUUUGUAGCUGCCUCACUGCCCAUGCAGACAUCGGCCUUCAUGGGAAACUCCUUGUUCACAGUCUUCUAUUUGACUGGAGGGUUUGUCAUCAGCCUGGAGAACAUGUGGCUCGUGGCCUCAUGGCUCUCUCACAUCUCCUUCAUGCGUUGGGGUUUUGAGGGCAUGCUGCAGGUGCAGUUCAGAGGCAACAAGUACCCCAUCACUAUCGCAAAUAUCACCUUCAAUGUCGACGGGAUACAUGUGAUCGAGGCCAUGGACAUGAACCAGUAUCCUCUGUACUCGUGCUAUCUGGUCCUGCUGGCAGUCUGUCUGUGCUUCAUGGGGCUUUAUUACUUAUCCCUAAGAUUCAUCAAACAGAAGUCCAGUCAGGACUGGUGAACUGUCUCCACCAUCAGCGGCACAGCUCUACUUUGUGUUUUAUUUUGUGGCUGCUGAAGGAAUUCAUUUGGGUUCUAGCUCGACUGGUUCGACAAUGAGCCAUGCUUUUCAUUUUGAUUUAACUGUUCCAAUGAGGAUGUCUAAGUGAAAAUUAAGAAUAUAUGUUUUGAAUUUUACUUUUUAUUUUAAAUAAUACUGUCAACAUCAGAAAAUCCUGCACUCUUUCUAACAUUAGAAUUAAUAUACCCUGGUACCUCAGUAAGGUGUAAAAAGUUCUUGAUGAAUGCAGCAUUUUUUAAAGGUUCACUUCUGAAAAUAAGAAUUUGAGUAAGAAGCACUUGUUGCAGUACUGCUGUCUGCUGCUGGGUGGCAGCAGAGUACUGCAGUAUUCACAAUGUUGAAAACAUGAUCGCAUUCUUCUCUCUAUGCUUCUUCUUGGCAAAUGAUUAGAGCGCCACUUUGGCAGAUAUCCAUCUGAGGCUUUUGCUUGUUCCCUUUUUCAAUCUUCUCUUUUUUUCUACAGCUUUAUCUCUUUUGUAUAUGUAAGGUUAUUAAGCUUAACAAUGUGUGUGCCAGUAUAGAAAGCACUGAAAAAAAGAACCUUGUACAGAUGUAGUAAGUCACACUCAGAAAAAAGAGCUUGUACUUGUGUCCUCAUAGAUUGAAGAUUAUGUAAGCUUUGGUUUUUUGCAAAAGCCUUAAAUGUUUUACUGACAUGGUUUGAGUCCAAAUUAGUAAAGUAUUAAAUCAAAUAGCUCCUCUUGA